UCACUUAAACUGAAUCAGUUAUCAAUCGGAAAGACAACUUUGGGUCAGAUUAUAAACUUAAUGACAAACGAUACAAAUAGAUUUGAUGAGUUUGCAGUGUUUGCCAGUUAUUUUAUAAUAGCGCCCAUUCAGACGGGCAUUAUUAUAUAUAUAACGUACACAUGUAUGGGAUGUGCAAGUUUGGUGCCAGUUGGUUUAAUAGUUUUACUUAUUGUUUUACAAUUGUUCAUGGGCAAAAUGUUUUCAAAAGUUAGAUUAAUGACAGCUAAGCUUACAGACAAUAGGCUCCGGCAUAUGGUUGAGAUCAUAUCCGGUAUGCGAAUCGUUAAAAUGUAUUCCUGGGAACAGUCCUUCACAGACCUCGUGGCUGAGGCACGAAAACAAGAAGUGUCGUGUAUACAGAAAUCUUGUUUUCUAAAGGCAAUCAAUUUGUCGUUAUAUAGUAUGGCAUCCAAAUUGAUCUUAUUUUCCAGUUUUAUUACUUUAGUAUUAAGCGGUGAUGUACUGACCGCUAAGACUGUAUUUGUGUCAAUGAUGCUAUUCAAUAAUGUUAAGGACAAAAUGACCUGGUUCUUUCCACAGGCAAUUACUUUUGGCGCCGAGCUAUUAGUUUCUUGCAAUAGAAUACAAGUAACAUUGACCAUGGAGAGCCCGUAUCCAACCCUUCAGAAUAUUUCUGCACAUUUAAAACCCGGAGAUUUAUUAGCUGUGAUCGGACCGGUGGGGGCGGGAAAGAGCUCAUUAUUAAUGACAGUAUUGAAAGAACUACCGGUGCUGUCGGGGAGUAUAAAAACGGUGGGAUCGAUAAGCUAUGCCUCUCAGGAGUCCUGGAGUUUCAAUACUAGUGUCCGAAAUAAUAUACUUUUUGGAGCCGAAUAUAACGAAUCCCGAUAUAAACGAGUGGUAGAGGUGUGCGCUUUGAAGCGAGACUUUGAGAUAUUUCCGUUCGGAGACAAGACAUUAGUCGGUGAGAGAGGAGUACAGCUAUCGGGGGGACAGAAGGCCCGCAUCACGUUAGCCAGAGCUCUGUACCGGAACUCAGACAUCGUAUUAAUGGACGACCCGUUGAGUGCUGUCGACACUAGUGUUGCCGAACAUAUAUUUGAUAAAUGUAUAGUCGACUACUUGUGCGACAAAAUCCGUAUUCUAGUCACACAUCAAAUCCAAUUCAUACGAAAAGCGACACAAAUAUUGGUUUUGAACGACGAGGGAAAGUGUCUGGGAUUGGGAUCCUAUGAUGAGCUCCAGUCCCGGGGCUUAGACUUCAUGUCUAUUCUCAGCGAUCAGGAGAGGGAAGCGGACGAUAAGAAGGCAGAGGCGGAGAACAGGGAGACGAGUGAACUAAAGCGUACGAUUUCACAAAAGAGUUACGACAAAAAAAUAAAAUUUCGGAUAACUUCUAUGACAGAGAGUUUAACGAAAGAUAGUGACCCCAAUAUUAUUGACGAGUGCCGGGAAACGGGUUCAAUAUCUGGCAAAGUAUAUUGCACAUUUAUUAAGGCAGGCGCCGGCACAUUACUAUUUUCCCGGAUCGGACUAUUUUCUUACGCAAUGGUGAAUAAAUUGAAAUCAUUGAACAUGACUGACAAAAAUCAAAACACGGCUAAUAUUAAUAGUAAUGAUCAAAACAAAGAUGUGAUUAUCUACUCCUCAAUGAUGGCCGCGCUGUUCAUCGCAUCCCUAUUGAGAGCCAUCACAUGGUUUGUGAUGUUUAUGAGGGCUUCGGUUAAUCUCCACAACACUAUAUUCUAUCGUCUAUUACGGGCCCCAAUAUCUGUCUUUGACAAUAACUCAGUUGGUAGGAUAUUAAAUCGCUUUUCAAAAGAUCUUGGUACAAUUGAUGAGCAACUGCCAAGUACAGCGUUUGAGGUCAACCUGAGUAUAACCCAAGGUAUCGGUGGAAUAAUAAUGAUCGCAAUCGUCAAUCCAUACAUGAUCAUACCAGCAUUUAUUGUAUUUGUAGUGCUUUUAACAGCUAGAGCAAUUUACAUUAAAUCAGCCAGGGACAUUAAACGAGCCGACGGUUUAACCCGGAGUCCAGUGUUUUCACACGUGAGCACUACAUUCAAUGGGUUAACUAGUGUUAGGGCCUUUGGGGCACAGGAGAUGUUCAAGCAACAAUUCUACGUCUACCAAGAUGAUCACUCGGCCACCUGGAUGCUCGUUAUCACUGCUAACCGGGCAUUUGGUUUAAUAAUAGACGGAUUGUGUUUUCUCUAUACGGUUAUCGCAUUUGCGGUGUUUAUGGUAUUCCCCGAACAGUUGGGAGCGGGAGAAGUGGGACUCGCUUUAACAUCAGCCCUAAUGUUACCGCAUUCGACUCAAUGGGGAGCCCGACAGUCGGCAGAGAUGGAGAGUCAGAUGACUUCAGUCGAGCGCAUCAUUGAGUACUCAAAACUACCACAAGAGGCGGCCCUCACAGCACAUGAUAGCCAUAAACCCCCUCCCGAUUGGCCACAGAAGGGACAGAUAGAGCUCAAGGAUAUGAGUUUGUGUUACGAGGGAUCAGACAAACCGGUGCUCAAGAACUUGAGUUGUGUUAUAAAGAGUGGAGAGAAGAUAGGGAUCUGUGGGCGGACGGGCGCCGGCAAGUCGUCCAUCAUAUCAGCGCUGUUUCGUAUGGUUGAGCCGAAGGGGGAGAUAGUUAUGGACGGCAUUAACAUGGGUUCAGUAGGUUUGCAUGACUUGCGGUCAAAGAUCUCAAUCAUACCUCAAGACCCGGUGGUCUUCACGGGAAGUGUGAGAAGAAAUUUGGAUCCUUUCGGCGAAUACAGCGACCAAAGGAUAUGGAGUGCCUUAGAAGAGGUGCAGCUGAAGGGGGCGGUGGGGGACCUCCCGGGCCAGUUGGACGGCCAGUUGGCCGAAGGGGGCGCUAAUCUGAGUGUAGGUCAGAGGCAGUUGGUAUGUCUGGCGCGGGCUAUACUGCGGCACAAUAGGGUACUAGUGCUGGACGAGGCGACCGCUAAU